UGAUAGAUUGCAAAUUUCAAAUUUCAAUACGACUCGAGGGGCUUAUGAGUUGUUAAUCAGUGUUGUCCACGUAAAUUUUAUUAUAAUUCAUAAAUAAGUGAAAGCAUAAUGUCUAAAAAGAAAGGAAAUAAGAAAAAUUUAGACAUUAAUGAUGAUUUUGAGGAGAAGAAACCAGUUGCCAACGAUGAUAUAACCUCAAAAAGCAAAGGAAAGGGUAAGAAAAAGGGCAAAGAAGUUGCUGAUCUUACUGAUGGAGAAGGCGGGGAUACUGUUAAGAAGGUACACGUGUCAGAUGAAGAAGAAGAAAUAAAACCAGCUGCUAAGAAGUCUCAAAAGAAAGGUAAAAACAAAAAGAAGGGCUUAGACCACUCUGAUGAUGAACAAGAUGAUAACAAGUCAAUAGUUAGUAAUGCCACAAGUACCGCAUCAAAGCCUGCUGCUAAAACAAAUAAAAAGAAAAAGGGUAAAGGCAAAAAGGGUGAUGAUUGGUCUGAUGAUGGUGGUAGUGAUGUAGAACUAAAGCAAGUCUCAGAAGAAGAAGAAGUAAAGCCUGUAUCAAAAAAGAAAGCAAAGAACAAGAAAAAAACUGCCACUGUUGAUUCAGAGGCAUCGGACAAUGACGAUGCUAACUCUGUUGCCAGCAAUGAUUCCAGUAUUGCUGCACUACCAGCCAAAUCUAAAAAUACUAAAGCAAAGAACAAAAAGAAAGCAGUUGCUGCUUCAGAUGAAUCAGACAAUGAAGACUCUAAAUCAGUUGUUAGUAAUGUUUCCAGCAAUGUGGCUCCACCCCCUAAAACUAAAAGUUCAAAAGGUAAAAAUAAGAAAGAUGAUUGGCCUGAUGAAGGAAGUGAUAAAGAAUUGAAGAUGGAUUCAGAGGAAGAAGAUGUUUUAAAACCAAUUGUUAAAAGCAAAUUAAAAAAUAGAAAGAAAAAUAACAUUGACAACAUAGAGGAGGAGUUGAAGAAGUUUGAAAUCAAAGAACCUGAACCAGAGGAAGAAGAUGUUUCUGAAAAGAAAGAACCAGAGAAAGAGCAAGAAGUUAAACCCGAUCAAGAGAAGAAAAUGAGUCACAAAGAGAAGAAGAAGUUAAAAAAACAACAAGAGUACGAAAAACAAAUGGAGUUGUUGACGAAAAAGGGCGGACAGGGGCAUAGUGAUCUUGAUGCUAAUUUCACUGUGAGCCAGGCGCAAAAAACUGCUGGUCAGAUGGCAGCCCUGGAAAACGCAGUGGACAUAAAAGUGGAGAACUUUUCCAUCAGUGCAAAAGGGAAAGACUUAUUCGUGAACGCGAAUCUAUUGAUUGCGAACGGUCGUCGGUAUGGUCUUGUUGGGCCAAAUGGUCACGGUAAAACUACGUUGUUGAGGCAUCUCGCUCAAAGGGCUUUUCCACUGCCGCCACACAUUGAUAUCUUGCUCUGUGAACAAGAGGUCACGGCUAGUGAUAUGAGUGCGGUGGAUACAUUGCUCGAAUCGGAUGUUAAAAGGAAAGAACUAUUGGACGAGUGUAAGGUGCUAGAAGCACAGACUGAAAAAGGCGAUCUAUCAAAGCAAGACCGAUUGAAUGAGGUGUAUGCGGAAUUGAAAGCCAUAGGUGCCGAUUCAGCAGAACCACGCGCUCGAAGAAUUUUGGCCGGUUUAGGUUUUAACAAGGAGAUGCAGGAUAGAGCUACUAAAAACUUCUCUGGUGGUUGGCGUAUGAGAGUCUCAUUAGCUAGAGCUUUGUAUAUUGAACCUACACUCCUACUACUCGAUGAACCUACAAACCAUUUAGAUCUUAAUGCAGUAAUUUGGUUGGAUAACUAUUUACAAGGAUGGAAGAAAACCCUACUAGUAGUAUCUCACGACCAGUCUUUCUUAGAUAAUGUGUGCAAUGAAAUUAUUCACUUGGACCAACAAAAGUUGUAUUAUUAUAAGGGCAAUUACUCCAUGUUCAAGAAAAUGUACGCACAAAAACGAAAAGAAAUGAUCAAGGAGUAUGAAAAACAGGAGAAGAGAUUGAAAGAUUUGAAGGCGCACGGAUCGUCAAAGAAAGCAGCAGAAAAGAAACAAAAGGAAGCAUUAACACGCAAACAAGAGAAGAACCGCAGUAAAUCGACGCGCGAAGAGAACGAAGAGAAUGCAGCACCAGUCACUUUACUGCAGCGGCCUAAAGAGUAUAUCGUCAAGUUCAACUUCCCGGACCCGCCGCCGCUGCAACCGCCCAUACUUGGGUUGCACAACGUGAAUUUCAACUUCCCCGGUCAAAAACCGCUGUUCAUUGACGUGGACUUUGGUAUCGAUCUGAACUCGCGUAUCGCCAUUGUUGGUCCCAACGGAGUGGGCAAGUCUACCUUCUUGAAGCUCCUCGUCGGAGAACUGAGUCCUAUACGCGGGGAGCUAUUGAGAAAUCAUAGACUGAGGAUCGGUCGUUUCGACCAGCACUCCGGAGAGCAUUUAACAGCAGAAGAGUCCCCAGUGGAAUACCUGCAAAGGCUCUUCGGUCUGCAAUACGAAAAGGCGCGCAAAGCGUUGGGCACCUUCGGGCUAGCGAGCCACGCGCAUACGAUCAAGAUGAAGGACCUCAGCGGAGGGCAGAAGGCCAGGGUGGCGUUGGCGGAACUGACCCUUAUGGCGCCCGACGUUAUUAUAUUGGACGAGCCGACAAACAACUUGGACAUCGAGAGUAUAGACGCGCUAGCUGAAGCGAUCAACGAGUACAAGGGCGGCGUCGUGAUCGUGUCGCACGACGAGCGGCUUAUACGUGAGACCGAAUGUGCGCUAUACGUCAUCGAGGACCAGACUAUAAAUGAGGUGGACGGAGACUUCGACGAUUAUCGUAAGGAACUCUUGGAGAGUCUCGGCGAAACUAUCAACUCGCCGUCUAUCAUCGCGAACGCAGCUGUUUUGCAGUAAUCACAAACAUACAUACACAAGGAAUAAAUUUCACGCAACAUAUAGAAAAAUGUUUAUACAAGUAGCUAGGAUUGAAAUUCGAAUCUUUAUUUUGUUAAAUAAGUGUCGAUAAAUAUUUACACGUUUUCUUUUAUAUAAUAAAUGUUCCGAAAUAAUAAUAAAAUAAAAUUUGUUUUAAAUGCACUCUUAAAUUCAUUAGUAUAAAGUCUUAAUUUGAUUAACCUCAUAUUUGUACAUGAAUUGUAUGCAUUUUUGUCUAAAGUAUAGAAGUGCAUCUUAAAUGUUAUCAAAGGUUAAUUUCAAUUAUUAUAAAUAUAUUGUACAGUUUGUGUAUUUAUUUUAUUAUUUUCUAUUUACCUUUAAUGUUUCCAGACUGUACAUAAUCGGAUAUAUAACUGUGUUUCAAAUAAAAUGAUAUCUUCCAAAUAGGUAUUUAUAUUUAAUAAAUUUUGAUAUA